CGACUUGGCUAUAUGUCUUGAUACUAUAUAUCCUAUCUGCUCUGCUUAGAGUAUGGAUGAACGACCGGCCAAAUCUGAACUUGAAGAGUUCCUUUCGACCGCGGUACCACCAGAUGAGCUCCAGGGACUGGAUGAUCAACAGGAACCAGAGCCCCUGCACGAGACAUCCCUGCCCACAGCGGACGAACUUGCUCAGUUGGCGAACCUGAAGGAUGAACUGCUCCAUACGGACCAGCCCUCCAUUCAAAAGCGAGCAGACGUGAUCGCUCAAGCGGUUGCAUUCGUGGUCGACGAUGAGAUCGGCGGGGCCCCUUCCAUCAUCAAUGAGCUGGUGUCUCUUUCCGGUCCAGUUGACACCCCACUCCUGCAAACGGUCUUAGACGUGCAUGUCAAACCCGUCUUCCGUUCAAACCCACAUCCAUCCCUCGAUAUGGAGACUGGCCGGAAAUUGCCCCGAAGUGCUGGGGGUCCCAUGGCUGCGCAGGACUACUACGAAGCGCAGAUGUGGAAAGCGCAACCUCAACGUAGGAUGAUUAACGUACUGAUAUGGUGUGUGCGCCAUAUCAAGGAAAACGAAUACGAGCAAGUGUGGCAUCUCGUGAUCCCGCCAACGAUGACUCUCCUCGACGACUACGAGACUCGCUACAAACUGCAAGGCGUCAAUAUCGUCAGUUACAUACUCGAGCGCAUACCUUCGAGCCUCCUCAAGCGGACCGGAGUCGACUCCCUUUUCUUCCUCUCACUCCAAGGGUGUAUGACCCACCUUCACAAUCCUUCAACACCCGAUCUCAUCCGCGCCGCUGUUCUUCCUCACUUGCGUCUCAUCGACUUGGUCACGUCUCCCGGCUCGGCCGAACGUUUCUCGAAGCUGUGCGCGUUGCUCGGCGAUGGCAUCAUCGGCAGCGUCUGGAUGUAUGCUGCCCAAGACAUGCCCACGAUCGAAGCGUCGAUGGAAGUCCUGCCCGAUGUCGUCCGGGCGCUCGAUAUCGGCUCUGUCAGGUAUCUAAAGGCGCUGAUCCCACAGCUUGUCCACCCGUUAUGCUCCCCUUCAGAUCUCACCGAGAAGAAGAUGCCUCUUGCUCGGUUACGCACUGUUGCGGUCCGUGCUCUGUUGGUGGUCAUGAGCGAGUGCAGUGUACGGAUGCGAGGAUGGAAGGGCACGAUCAUAGAUGGCAUCGUGAGAUGCUGGGUUGAUGUCUCCAAGUCCCGACGGACUACGCCAGAUGACGAAAGACUGAAGGCGGAUCUGCGCGAGGUUGCAGUCCAAUUGGCGCGAGCAUGUCCAUCAGUGUUGGCGAACGAGUACAAGGUCGUGCUUGACACUGAUCCAGGACUCGAACCUCUCCUUGGUAACAUCGGAAGUCAAGAUGUCGUCGCGAAUUCAGAGUGAACAGAUGCACGGGUCUGUGUCCCCCGGGAUGAUUCUCAUCGUAAUAGUUUACAAAAAAGUCAAUACCAGUUUCACUCAUGGCGUACCGCCCAGACUCGGUCUGUUGAUCACGAACGGACUAUUGGGUCCAGUGGCAGCCGGCGUCCAGAUAAAUGGACGGACUCCCCGAAUAAUCGUUUCAACAGAGACAUGGCGGUUAUUGCUACACACGUUAUAUAGGACACCCUAGUUAUCUGCGCCCAGUUACGUACGUCCAUUUACCUACAUAUGCGAUGUAUGCCCGAUGAUGUCGGGAAGUACACGCUCAUGAUCCAGCAACCUGGCCACUACACA